UCGAUGUUUGUUUGCAGGUAUCAAAUUCAUACGGGCCUUCAGCACUCCAUCAUCCGCUCUCGCCAGCCCCUGUGUCUGCCCCUCGACAUGCCCACGCUUCCCGAAAGGCUACGUCAGGCCGGCUACAGCACCCACAUGGUGGGAAAGUGGCACCUAGGCUUCUGCCGGCGAGAGUGUCUGCCCACUAGCCGAGGCUUUCAGAGCUUUCUGGGUUCGCUGACCGGUAGCGGAGACCAUUUUAACUUCCAGAGCUGUGACGGAGCAGAGACCUGUGGAUUUGACCUGCACGAUGGUGAACGGCCGGCCUGGGAGUUGAGGGGGAACUAUUCCACGUGGCUGUAUGCACAGAGGGUGAAAACCAUCCUGCGGACUCAUGACCGGCGGAAGCCUCUGUUCCUGUACGUGGCACUCCAGGCUGCUCACACUCCUUUACAGGCUCCUGCUCAUCUCCUCCAGCGUUAUGCUUCUCUUGGGAAUCAGGCACGGCGCCAUUAUGCCGCCAUGCUGAGUGGUGUGGACGAGGCUGUGGGCGAGAUAGUGGCGGAGAUGCGUAUUCAAGGCUACUAUCGCAACUCCGUUCUCAUCUACUCUUCAGAUAAUGGAGGCCAGCCUCUGUCGGGUGGCUGCAAUUGGCCCCUGCGGGGAGGGAAAGGCUCGUACUGGGAGGGAGGAGUGCGAGCAGUGGGCUUCGUUCAUAGCCCUCUGCUGAAGAUGAAGAGGAAAAUCAGUCGUGCUUUAAUACAUGUCUCGGAUUGGUACCCGACCUUGCUGUAUCUGGCAGGGUCUCCUGAACCAGACCCUCGGUGCUUAGAUGGGUGUAAUGUUUGGGAGACCAUCAGUCAGGGUCUACCUUGCCCACGUACUGAAAUCCUGUAUAACAUCGACCCUGUUUCGCGGCAGCAUGGAGAGCACGAUCGCAGGCUGUUGAUGGUGAACGGCUUUGGGAUCUGGGACACAGGAGUGCGUGCAGCAAUCCGAGUGGGUGACUGGAAGCUCCUGACAGGGAACGUGGGAGAUGGAGACUGGUUCCCCCUACAGGUCCUGCCUAGGGCUCCACAGCAGUGGCAGGACAUGGAGAAGAGACGGGACCAGCGUGGGAAAUCUGUGUGGCUCUUCAACAUCAGCGCUGACCCUUUUGAGAGGCACGAUCUGACACAAGCGAGGCCUGAAGUGGUGAAGCUUCUGCUCUCAAGGAUUGCUGAGUAUAACCGCACUGCUGUGCCUCCAAGAAACCCACCAGAUGAUCCAAUGGCUGACCCCCAGCUCCGUGGAGGAGUGUGGAUGCCGUGGCUGGCAAAGAAAGAAGGAGAUGGUGCGGACAGAAGAGAAGCGACAGAAAGACGCAACUGGAAGCUUAGAUUCAAAACGUGCAAAGUGUGCAAACUGAGAGCUCUGUUUAGAAAGGUGGGCACACGCCUGCAAAGAACAGCUCUGUACUUUUAGGCAAAAAUGGAUAGAUGGAGGGAAAUGGAGGCAAAAAUCUUCCAAGCUGGCUCUUGCUUGCCCACUGUUUUUUCCAGUCACUGAUGAAGGGCUGUGUGUGUGUGUGUGUGCCUAACUCACGGGGAUGUGUAAGAGUUUGUUCAUGGCUUGAUGGCUCAUCCUCCUGCUGCCUGAAGUACACAGUCAGACCUAACAUUAGAAAACCUGAAGGGUGCAUAUUUUUUAAAUGCUAGACCUUAGCAAGCUAGGAAGAUGUUUAUUUAUCUCUUUUUUUUCGUGGUGAUGUGACCGACAUGACCACCUUGGCUUUGCUUCAUUUUGUGAGUGGUUUGCACAGUUAAAGCCUGCACAAGCGAUCCUGCCUUGAGCUGAGAUUUGGGUUGAAUCCCAUGUUAAACCUCUCAAGUCAAGCGCAAGCGUCUCAUCACGCACAGCUGACACAUGGAGAAAUUUACGGCAGACUCCUGGAGGCGCCGUCAUUAUUUUUCAUUUCUGAAAAGCAUUUUUGCAAUUAAAGUCCUGCUUUUUUAAUUAGAAUAGACUGCUCGCUUAGUAGAAGCAUUUCCACAGGGAAUAAAAGCAGUUAGUGGAACGCUUGGAUAAAGAAAGUCCAAAAAACAUCAGAAGUCUUUUCCUAAAGUUUUUCUCUCCCACACUUUACAUGCCUCGGCACUCAGCACUCCUCCUCACGCCUCUCUAAUUCACCCUCCUUUUCUUUUGCUGUCUCUGACUGUAGGCUGAUAAAGCCUACCUUAGCUGGAAUAAUGCAGAGCCUAUUGACUUUUUCUCCACUAUCAUCACCUUUUUCUUUUGGUUAUGUGAGUAGAUCAGGUCAGAGAAUGAGAUAUGAGCUGUGCUCUGUUACACAACAAUGAGAGAAGAGGAGGAGGAUGGCGAAGAUCUCCCUGGAGAAAGGAUGCUGUAUGGCUACAUAUGAAACAAUUGUGGAGCUUGUA